UUUACCUGGCAUCUCUGGGUGUAGGUCAUCUUAAGUAAACAAAUAAUCACGUACAAUAUGUUUCAAAAUUUGAACCUGAAGUUUUUUAAUUUAAACAUUUUUCAAAGAUAUAUUUUAAAUUGAAAAUUGUUUAUGUGCACCCGAUGGAAUUUUCAAUAACAUCCUUGAGUUGUCGUUUCUGCCUAAAGAAGGGACCCAAAAGUAAACAUCUAAGUGAUCCUGCUGACGGAACUACAAAUAAUUCUUCCGGAACAACUACAAAAAGUAUUUUAGACAUUUAUAAGGAAAUCGCGCCCGAAGGAAGCUUGCAGAUUUCUUCCAUGGAAACGAUAACAGAAUUUUAUCCACAACGGAUUUGUGACAAUUGCGAGGCCCAAUUAAUCGUGGCAUAUGAAUUUUGGCGUAGGAGCAUUCGAUCAGAUAAAAUUUUGCAGAAUAUAAUAAGCUUUUGUUCAGAAGAUGCUCUCCGAUCUGCCAAGAACGAGAAGCACACCAUAAUGGAAGAAUCGAGUGUCGAAUUUGUGAACGGAGUGAAUGAAUCUACGAAACGAGAGCUUGAUAAGUCAAAUAAAUUGAAUAUUGAGACAGGUGAUGCAGCUUCACUAAUUUACGAGUAUGCAACACCAAGCUCCGAGAAUUAUCCAGACAAGACAUCGAACCAAACUAACGAUGAACUGGAUUAUGUAACGGAAGAGUUCAUGGAUGACUAUCCGGAAUCCGAAACAAACGACGAUGAAGAGCAGGACUUUUACACUAUUGAUUUGAAAGAAUCCAAAACAAAGACCAGCCAGUGUCCUGAUUGUGGAAAAUUAGUUUCGACGCACUACUUAUCGAAACACAGAGAAAUUCACGUUGAUAUGUGCAUCCGAGAAAGACCCUUUGAGUGUGAUCAGUGCCAAGCUCGUUUCACUCUAAAAGAAAACCUACGCAAACACAUGCGUAUCCAUUCUAACGAAAAGAGAUAUACUUGUCAAUUUUGCCAGGAACAAUUUCUUCACUGGGCUUCUCGGCGUUAUCAUAUAGCGAGUCACCACACGGGGGAAAAACGAUACACUUGUGAAUAUUGCGGUGCGAAAUUUCGCAAUUCUUCUCAUUAUUCAAUUCAUAUACGACGUCACACUGGAAUUGCACCAUAUCCAUGCCAUUUGUGCGAUCGAAGCUUUAUCACUAGUAACAGUCUGAAGCUUCAUUUGAUAUCACACAGCGAUUUGAAAAACUUUCACUGUAAUUUUUGUUCAAAAUCUUAUAAAUCGGCCAAGUCGCUUCGAGUUCAUUAUCUUACUUCUCACGAACGUGAAAAAAAUUACGUGUGUCCUUUGUGUAACCGUGCCUUUUCGCAGAAUCACGUGUUGAAAACGCAUCUUUCGAAAAAUCAUCCUGAUUAUAAAGCACCACCACCAGGAACCAUUGUAAACGUACGAGCGGUCAAAAGAAUGCGAGAACAAUUGGAGAAAAUUUCAAAUGGUUAAGUACAUAGAUGAACAACAAUUUUAAGAUAGUAGUUCUGAAAGCAAAUAUGAAGAUCAAAGUGAUUGAUAAUUAA